AUGGCAUGCGCAGAAGAGCAACACCACCUUCCUCCAGAAUCACCACCACCACCACCACCACAACAGCAGCCACAAAACCACCUUCCGGCAAGCAAAAUGUGCCCGGACCAUAAACACCGGAAAAACAAGGAUGCUUACUCAUCAAACUACCACCAAACCAGUGGCUCCUACAGAGCUCUCUGCACCUGCCUCACCAUCCUCCUCCUCCUCAUCGGCGCCACCGCUCUGACGCUCUGGCUCAUCUACCGCCCCCACAAGCCACAGUUCACCGUCGCCGCGGCCGCUAUCUACUCCCUCAACGCCACAUCCCCUCCCUCACAAAUCUCCACCACCAUGCAGUUCACCAUCGUCACCCGCAACCCUAACCGCAGAGUCUCCAUCCGCUACGACCGUCUCCAGGCUUUCGUGGCCUACCGCAACCAGGCCAUCACCCAGCAGGUGAUGCUUCCCCCGUUAGUGCACGGGCGCCGCAGCAGCGUGGCUGUGUCGCCAGUGCUUGGGGGAGUGGCAGUUCCGGUGUCGAUGGAGGUGAUGAAUGGAUUGGUGAUGGACGAGGCGUAUGGGGUGAUGAGGCUGAGGGUGGUGGUGGUGGGGAGGCUGAGGUGGAAGGUGACGGGGUUGAAUAUAAAGACGGGGCAUUAUGGGAUCUAUGUCAAGUGUGAUGUGUUGGUUGGGUUGAAGAAAGGGUUUGUGGGUCAAGUUCCAUUGCUGGGUACUCCUGCUUGUAAAGUCGAUAUAUGA